UAACAACUUUGAAUCUUGAAGAUACAUUCAUUAAAUUGGCUUUACCCGGUUUCUUGAGCUUUUAGAUUGUUUGGAUUUCUCUCAGAAUGGGAGAUUAUAAGCUUUCUGCUUGCCUUCAGGGGCACGAGGACGAUGUCAGAGCUGUCUCAUUUCCGAACCCAGAGCUUGUAUUAUCAGCAUCUCGAGAUGCAACUGUGAGAUUAUGGAAGCGACUCAGGCACUCACCGCCCGAGUAUGAUUGCACACUGUCCUCCCAUGGCACGGCUUUUAUAAAUGCUUUGACUUAUCUACAACCUUCGGCAGAGUACCCAGAGGGCCUCGUGAUAUCUGGAGGUCGUGACACGAUUAUUGAAGUGCGACAGCCUGGAAAAUCCUCCGAGGAGGAUGCUGAGGCAUUACUGCUUGGCCACGCCCACAAUAUUUGUGCAUUGGAUUCGCUGUCGGACGGAGGGCUCAUAGUAAGCGGUGGAUGGGACGCCCAGGCUAGGGUAUGGAAAGUCGGCAAAUGGGAAUGUGAGGCUGUCUUGGAAGGGCACCAGGGCAGUGUCUGGGCUGUAUUGGCUUACGACAAGAACACUAUCAUUACUGGCUGUGCGGAUAAGCUCAUAAGGGUCUUCACUGAGACCGGAAAGCUUGUAAAGACAAUCCGAGGCAGCUCUGAUGUCGUGCGCGCCCUAUGUCGCCUUCCUAGUCGCCACCCUUCAGGUGCACACUUCGCCUCCGCUGGGAAUGAUGGUCUGAUCCGGUUCUGGACUCUCGAUGGCCGCGAGGUCACUCAAUUACAAGGUCACGAAAGCUUUAUUUAUUCUUUAACAUGUCUACCAAACGGCGACCUGGUGUCUUCAGGUGAGGACCGCACGGUCCGCAUUUGGCAAGGAAGCCAGUGCAUUCAGACCAUCACCCAUCCUGCUAUCUCUGUUUGGACUGUGGCAGUUUGUCCUCAGACUGGCGAUAUUGUUACCGGCGCAAGUGAUCGAAUCGUGCGUCUGUUCACCAAAUCAAGAGAACGACAAGCGGACGGCCACACCAUUCAAGCCUUUGAAGAAUCCGUGAAAGCUUCGGCUAUUCCACAGCAGCAAGUAGGGAACGUCAAGAAGGAGCAGCUUCCUGGUCCAGAGUUCUUGCAGCAAAAGUCAGGCACAAAAGAAGGGCAAGUUGCUAUGAUUAGAGAGACUGAUGGAAGCGUAACCGCUCACCAGUGGUCAUCGGCGACCCAGCAGUGGAUCAGCGUAGGCACGGUUGUCGACUCUGCGGGGAGCAGCGGGCGCAAGCAAGAAUUUCAAGGCAAAGACUACGACUACGUCUUUGAUGUUGACAUUGAAGAUGGAAAGCCGCCGCUCAAGCUGCCUUACAACCUCUCUCAAAACCCCUACGAAGCCGCUACCAAGUUUAUUCAAGAUAAUGAGCUUCCCAUAGCUUAUCUUGACCAAGUUGCCAACUUCAUUACUUCUAACACUCAGGGAGGUGUUAUUGGCCACUCCCCGCAUCAAACUGCGCCUGGCUCAGAUCCCUGGGGCACAGAGUCUCGUUAUCGACCUGGAGAGAUAUCAUCAGCACCAGCAUCAUCUUCACUGCCUCCAGAAAGUCGGCCGAAGAUUCUCCCUCAAACCUCAUAUUUGUCAAUCAAAUCGGCAAACCUCAAGGUCGUUCAAAAGAAGAUUGAAGAGAUCAACCAGCAGCUCAUUGAAAAUGGCGAGAAGGACAUCUCGCUAAAUCCAAAGGAGAUAAACUAUUUGCAGUCUCUAAUUCAAUUACUCGAGGAUGGACAUGGAGCGCUUCAUCACCAAAGCCACCCUUUGACGAACGGCUUGGAGAGUGUACUUAAAAUUAUUACGCUUUGGCCACCCGCGCAAAGAAUCCCUGGUCUGGACUUGUUGCGGCUGCUCGCUGGCGCCACCGCCGCGGUUGCCAAAUACGAAACACCGUCAGGCGAUACGAUUGUUCAAAUCCUGGAGAGGAGCGGUGUGUUUGAAGACAAGGAGCGAAGCAAUAAUAUCAUGCUUGCUGUCCGAACAUUUGCAAAUCUCUUCGAAAGUGAAGAAGGGCGGACCGUUGCUGACGGUAAUUUCGAAAAGAUCACUUCUCUAGUUGAGUCUUCAUCAACUGGCACCACCAACCGCAAUCUUACCAUCGCUGUGACAACCCUGUACAUCAAUUACGCCGUUCUUCUCACCUUCCCUACCCACUCCAUCGAACGUGCGUUCACGCUACUCGAAAGCCUUACCGCUAUCAUUUCCACUACACCUGACUCAGAGGCACUCUAUAGAGCGCUCGUUGGAAGUGGCACCCUUCUUAGCAUGGGAGACGAGAUUCGAAGCGCCGCUGUCGAGAUAUACAAUCUCCCACACGCAAUCGAAAAGGCCGAGCAUACCACCAAAGAACCCCGCAUCAAAACCAUCAUCCAGGAGAUUCGAGACAUGCUUGCUUGAAUUGCCCAUCGCCGUUUGUCCAACGCGAGAGCAAAAUUUCUAACGAAUACUGUACUAGCGAUGCCUAUCUUCUUCUAUCUUUGUUCUCAUUUUCCCUUUGUCCAUAGCUUUUCACGAC